GCCGCCGGUCCUCCCCCGCUCGGAUCUCUCUCUCUGCUGCGACGGCGCCGCUCCUCUGUCAGUCUACUGGCGGUGGAGAUCCAUCCGGGCGAAGACUGGUUGCUUUUUCUGUUGGGAAUUGAUUCUUGCUUGCUUGGAUUGAUUCUUUUGUUCUAAGAGUUGGUUUUGUUAUCCAUCACACCGGAUCGUUUUUCGCUCUACUCAGUUUCUUGGUUCCCAAUUAAGGGCAAAAUAAUUACCAAGUUGUUUCUCCUUUCAUUCAAACUCGCAAUUUCCUCACAGAUCUCGGAGAUGUCCCAAAAUAAUGCAAGUCCAAGAGAUCAUACUAGCGAUUGGGAGGCGUUUUUUUUCGAGGAUGAUCCUAGCGAGUUGGAGGCGGCAGCUGAGGAGGAUGAUCCUAGCGACCCAGAGGAUUUCACCGAACAAGGCCUGAAUGCAAAAAAAGUGGCGUUAUGCAUAUCCAGAUCUGUCGUAUCCCUUGUCUCUUCUGUUGAUGGGAAUAUUCUAUUUGCUUGUACUGGCACAGUUGUCGAUCAUGUGGGCUCUGCAACAUGGAUACUCACCUCUGCUACGCUGGUUAGGAAACCUGGCACAGACUAUGAUGCCUAUCAAGGGGGUGAAGUUAAGAUUGAAGUGCUUCUACACAACAAAAGAGCUAUUGAUGGGUGCAUAGCAAUGUGCAAUUUGCAGUAUAAUAUUGCUGUUGUAACUGUUGAGUCACAGUUGGAUCUUCCCAUGGUGGCACUUAAUGACCUUCCUGGCUGUUACUCCACGCUGGUUCGGCCUGUGAUAGCUGUAGGCCGGGACUCCAAGUCACAAGGUUUACUGGUGAGACAUGGGGACAUGAUUCGUGAAAGGAGCAAGUUGGACUGCAGUGAGCUUUUGGUCUGCACCUGUCCUGUUAGUAAGAUGUUCAUCGGGGGUCUUGUCAUGGAUUUUGAAAGAAGAAUCAUUGGCAUCAGUUUUUUUGGCAAGGACAUCACUCCUGUCUUGCCGAUUGACAUUGCGGCAAGAUGUCUACAGCACUUCAAGUACUUCGGGACGCUCAAACAGCCUCCUCUUUGCAUAAGGGGGCACGCUCUUCACAGUUUGGAACUAAGCAACCUGGAAAAAAUAUGCUACAGGUGUCCUGACCUAUCCACAGGAAUUGUGGUACACCAGAUCCCUGAAGUGUUAUCAGCGAAUUGUGGAGGCAUUGAGGUUGGUGAUAUCAUCUGUAGCAUUGAUGGAGUAGUUCUCCACUCCGUGGCUCAGCUUACUGGGAUACUUCUUGAUGGAAUGGUGGUUGCUGGGAGCUCCAAGAAUAGAGUGAUUCUCCAGGCAGGCAUAAGAAGACCCAGUGAUAACACUAAAUUUGUUGCAAUGCUGAAUAUGUGGGAAAAUCCUUCUGUUGAUCGCGACAAUUUCUUCUGCAACAGAUGGAUGUUGCCGUGAAAGCGUGGUUCUGGUGUUCAACAGCUGAAGUUAUUGCACUUCCUAAAUGAUGUAAGUAAAUUCUUAGGUGGUGGAAGUGGACCAUGUAGGCUAUUGGGAGAUACUGUUAUCAAUGUGGACCUUUCGUUAUUUCCCCUUCCCACUUGUAUCCGUUUUUCAUCAAAUGCAAUUUAGCUUCCAUCUAUCCGCCAACUCAGUGGUACUUCCCUUAACAUACAACUUGUGUUCACCGCAACAUGAGUAGCACUUUGACAUUAGUGAGAAGUAAGCUCUCCUUAGCUAGACCGCCCUUAAUUUUCAUUGAAACAAAUGUUAGCAUUAUGAACAUAAGACAACUUCUAAGGGUAUCUGUUAUGACCUUUUGAAUUUUGGAUGUAAUGAUUUUUUAUUAUCUCUAUUAUUUUUGCUUUUUUA